UGAUCAUCUGUAAAUCCUUUGAAACAGACUUUGAAACAAUGUAGUAACUAGUUAAGUAAUCAUCAAGAAUCUAUUGAAUUGAUAUCUGUAUUGUUAUACUGUCUAUUUUGUUGGUGUUCAUGAAGUUUACGCGACCUCAUUUUUACGACAUUGUAUGAUGGCGGGAAUGACAAACAUGGCGACCUACAGGCGAAGGCGAGCAGUAAACUAAGAAUACCAGAUUUAUUGGGAUUUUUCAGUCAAUUUCAGUUAUUUUGCUUCCUCUUUCAGACAUAUUGCAUAAAAGGUUCACGCAAAAAUUAUCUGAAGGACAAAUACUAUGAAGUUGAAGAUGAAGGGGAAGGGAACACGGCUGGGGUAGUUUAGAGGAACACCAAGAGGUUAAAAAACACUUGGUAAUGGCUAGUGAAAAGCUGCACACAGUGUCACAUCAACCACAAGAUGGAGGCAGAACAUGUCAGACUGCCAGGGCUUUCAAGUGGAAGUCAGACAGAGAACCCAGAAAUGGGUCUUAUUCCCACAUACUGCAGACUAACCCUAAUUUGAUGCUAGAACUGGGGGAUACCAAUCCAAACUGGUUCCGUGAACUAACAGAGGAGGGCCUGAAGAAUGGACAACAUGGCAAGGCUUCUACUGGAAAGACGGGGGAGAUCCAGCCUGCUCUGCCAUCCAUGAGUCAUGAAAGUGCCCUGUCAUCACAAACAAGUGUUAUUGGUGUGAACACAGUAAAACAAGAUGAUGCCAUAACAGUCACAGAGGCACCAUUGAGGCUAAGUAGCUUGCAUUUACAGACACAUCAUUCUCUGCAUGAGCACCAGCAUGUCAGUGAGAUAGUGACACCCAAGACAGUCCCUACCCUAACUGCUAUAGCUCCCUCUAGUGACCACGGGAAAACCUGUCCCAGUUUACACAGUGGGGAAUGGAAGGCAGAGAAAUUGUGUUCUAGUCCUGAUACCCCAGGUCCUAGUGGUAUAACACCAGUUCAGGCUGUAGUCAGGGGGAGGACAACCAGCACCCCAGGGUCAGUGGGCAGGACACCCCCCAACUGUGUUGAUAGCCUGGGGAUGGAGGUGCCCACAGGGAUGAAAACUCCAGGAACUGAAGGGAACAUUUCUGGGGAUAAUGUCAAAGGUUCAGCAACAAAGGGGAAUUUUCGAAAAAUGAAGUCUUAUGUGAGCCCCCUGCAGAUGUCGUGGGACAGUCCUGCAUUGAAGCACCUGUUGAGGACACCUGGUUAUGAGCAGAUGUUACACAGCACUCCUAACAUAGCCGUCAGUCUUGGGGCUGAUCCUAAUGACACUGGCUUGUCUUGGACCAGUUCUUUGGCAACACCACCACCUGGAACUGUAAGUGUAAACAGUGAAACAAAGCAGAAUGCAUCUCUAGAGGAAGGUCAAAGGAAACCAGGGGCCCUAGCAAGAGUGCUUUUCUCUCCUGGUGAAGGUCCCUCAUCUCGGAUGUCCAAGGUCAACCAGGUUGACCUUAAUCUCACCAUAGAACAUGAACCGCUUGAUGCCUCUCUAGAUGACCUACAUGACAAGAGGGGGGCAAAACUAGCAGCUUCAGGGAAAUCGACUGGUCAAGAAAAUGACGGAGAAGGCACAGAGGAAAGGCAGUGUACUGUGACUUUUGCUUCUAGCAGCUCUCAUGAGGAGGGUGAUGUACAGAAAAAAGCAAGAGAACUCAAGACUGAUGGUGCUGUAUGUGAAAAAAAUUCCAUUGCAAAAGCUGGUGCUGCUCUGCCAAUUAUAAAACUAGACAGAAUUGUGACUCAGAAUACAAACAUUCCAGAAAUUGUGACUUCAGAAAAUAUUUCACAACAUUCCUGUAAAAAUUUGAAAUCCAUGAGCACCCCUGGAGACAUUGCAGUGGAGAAAGUGGUUUCACAUUCCUCAACACUGGUGAUGCCAGGUUCAAAAGAAAAGACAGCUGUUUCAGAAAAUGCAAAUCAAAAAGAAAAGGUAUUCACCACUUCUAGUCAUCUAAAUAAUGGCAUGAAAGAAAUGACUAGCAAUAGACCAGGUGAAGGUCCAGAGACUCGGGAGUGUAAGGGUAAAAUUGCAGAGACAGUAGUCCCAAUUGCUUCUAGCAAAAGUGUAUUGUGUGACAGUGUUAGAUGUAAUUCAUCAGCAACCAGAGAUUUAAAGAGUAUUAAACACGAUGAGGAAUGCGUCCCUUCCCCUACAUUGUCCUCAACUUCGUGUGCCAAAGUGGAUUCUCCAAAUAUUUCCAGUAACGUGGAGUCUGCCCUCUCUGAUUUCUUUAUGACGCCUCCUUCAAGAAAUACUCUCAAGGGAAAGCUAGGUUCCAAGGGCAGGAGGAGAAAAUGGCCAAAUUAUAGAUGUGUCAUGCACAAUUGUGUUAAUAAGGGCAAAACUGAUGUAUGUAUGGUAGAAAGUGACAUGAAUCAAAAUAACAAGGAUCAAAAUGGUGCUGCAGAUGGGAAUAUGAGAAAAGACUCUGGUGAAGAUGUGGAUGAAAAUAUGUCGCCCAGUAUAGCAAUUAAAGUAGCUAUUUCAGACCCUGUUAUUAAAGCUAGUGAAACAGAGUCCCAGGAUGCUAGUGAUGACAAAGCCUUCCUCUCUGCAACCAGCUCGGUACAAAAACAAAAGACAGACCAGAAAAAUGAACUAGAAAGAAGUGACAAUGUACAUGCCUCUGGCAGCAGUAAAAAAAGUUCUUUAGAUCAGAAGUGUAAUGUGUCCCCGCCUUUACUUGAUGACACUUUGCCAGUUGAUCUCAAUACCCUUCAUGGCAUCCACAGAAGUCGUCACUCUUCUAAGGACAGUGAUAGCUCUGAGGUGACAUUUAAAACCCCUGGGAAAGUUGAAUUCACUAGGGUCACUGAGACAACAGAGAAACCCAAGUUAUCAGAAGAAACCUGUAGUGGUAAUCCCCCUGCAGAAAAUGCUGGUGAAAAUGACCUGGAAAAUUAUACCUUUGGGUCUCCGUUUGAAGCUCCGUGUACAAGCAGUGAUGUGGUUACAUUUGUCAAACCUUGCUCGGAAAUAACAGUUGAAAAAGACAGUGACAGGACUUUUCAGGAACAUUCACAGUCUUCAAACAACCAGCAUAACAAAAACGGAAAGCCUUCUGAGAAGAUUUGGGAUGAGGAAAUGUACACUCAGAUGUCUCCUACAUUUCUAACAGCAAUGUGCCAUUCCGCAGAGACAAGUCAGACACCUAAUUUAGUUGGCAUUAACGAAAAAAAUGACUGUUCUAGUGAUAAUUCAGAUUCCCAAAUGAGGAAAAAUUUUAGUGACAUUAACAAGCAAGCUCCUAUCUCUAAUCACGGUGCCAUUGCCUCUUGCCUCCCCUCAGGCUUACAGGAACAUGAAAAACUUAUGGGCAGUUCUAACUGUGGAAAGAUUACAACUGAAAGCAAUGAUGACCUGUUUUCUCAGAUAUCUCCCACCACAACAAAUGCCCUUCUCAGGGCCACUGAGACAUUUCCAAAUCCUCAAGAUUUGUCACCAACAGCUUGUAAAGAGUUAGGCUCAAGCCAGGAGGUGCCUUCCAGCGUGCAAGGCGAAAGAGAAUUAUUUGUUUCAUCCAAAGUUAAAACUAGCACACAUGUAAAAACUCCAAACAAACCUGAGGUUUUAGAAGAUGAGAUGUUUGUCCCUGACUCCACUGGAAAUGCUGCCUCUAGCAGUGAUGCUAAAAAUUCAUACAAUAGUAAGGACAAUACAAACACACCAUCUAUUGGCGAAGAGUUAACGCCAAACAAAGCAACAAGGAGUGAUGCUGAAGUUUCAUGCAAUGCUAGUAAGAAUGAUGCAAACACGCCAUCUAUUGGCAGAGAGUUAACACCAGUCAUGUCAACAAGAGGAAGCUUGGGCAAAAGCCGUAGUAAGAAAUUCUUUUACCCAACAUCGAGCCAGAUAUCCAAAACCAAAGCCAACAAAGUUUAUGACUUUCUUAGCAAUAAACCACUUGUAGAUUCCCCAACCUCAAAAUCAGUCUCUGGAUCAGAAACCCUGGCAACAGUGGCACUUGAAUCAACAGUCUCCAUGGCAACAACCCCCAAAUCAACAGUAUCCAUGGCAUUGACCUCAGGCACCUUUAAACUUGGUGCAACAUCUGCUUGUGAAGUACCAUCCUCUGAAACAUUUCCAAAGGUUAUAUCAUCAGAGGGGAGAAGUGGUGAAAAGCCAGUAGAUGUGGUCUCCAGAAUGGAGGAGGAAAAGGAAGCUAAAAGGAAAGGUGCAUUGAUGGCUAUGAGGUCCAGAACAGGCUUUCAGAAAUUUUCAAGCAUAAGCAAGAAUUCCAAAUUUACCUGUUUGGGACAACCAGAAGAAGCAGAUGCCAUCGAAACCACUGUAUGUGUGAAGGUGACUACUGAAGAAUUAAGAGAUGGGACUGUUAAUCAUGAGCAGAAUCUACUCAAAGAUAGUGAAAAUCCAUCUCCUGUGAAAAUUACUGACUCUGCACAAAACUCCUCCACUCCAGACACAUUGCCUGCAGAGAAUGUAGAGACAAGCGAUUUUUCUGUAGAAGACGCAGAAAUGUUGGAGCAGUGUUCAGAUAAAAAUUUCAAUACACAAGAAAAGACUUCCCAAAGACCUGCUGAGGAAGAAUUGGAAAAAACAAAAAAUGGGGGGCUCUCUGAAAUAGCUGGAAAACCUGAAAAGGGUGCUAGUGGGAAAAACAUUACUGUCAAUGCAAAAAGUCUUGAGAUGGCUGCCACUAUAAUGAAAGAGGUGGAUGAAAGAAUUAAACAAGAAGAAUGCACCAUGGGAGACAAUUCUUCUUUAUCAGCAAAAAUCUCUAAUUCUGAGGACACAAUCCCUGCAGUUGCCAUACAAGGAGAAAGUACAAAAAAUAAAGAAGUUGUCACUAGUCAAAGUCCACUGGAUUCCUUAAAAACUGGCAAUAUAUUCAAAGGUGCUGAAGAAAAGUAUGUGCAAAGUGAUUUCAUUGAAGCAAAAUCUAGCAAUUUUAAAGGUAGUUUUACUACAGACAUUGAUGAAAAUAUCAGUAUAUUAAACCAGGGACUUACAAAGACCAAGACCAUUUUCACUGAAAAAGGUACAGAGACCUUAGUCAAGAGAAUCAAGGAAGAACAAGUCUCAUUAGCCUGUGACAGUGGCAUAAAUGAGGCGACUGUUCAGUCAAAUGGAAGCCCAUGUGAGAGGGCACAGACUGUCUUGUUCUCUUCGGACAGUGGUGCCAUCUGUGAGGAUGCAGCUACUUCCAAAUCUUUUCAGAAAAAUUCAGUGAACCAGUUAGCUGGUAAGAAAAACAUUCCAACUACUGGUCUUGAGAAAGACAGUGAAGUGUCAUUGCCAUUCAAUGAAAAGAAGAAAGAGUUAUCCAGUAUAUUUACCCAUGGGAAGAGCUUAGCAGGGUUUAGUUUAGCUAGCGGAAAGACCAUUUCUGUAUCCAAUAAAGGCCUUGCAAAGGCAGAAGCACUUGUUGCAGAGAUUGACAAAGAAUUUACACUGCAGAAUUUGCUUGAAGACGGUGAUAAUGGUAAUAAUGUACCUGUUAAUGUAACUGGAUUUACAUCAUUGAAUGGACCACAAAGUGCAGUUUCAAACAAAGGUGUAACUGAAGACAAGGCAGAUGUUGACAGAAAAGUGACUGCACCAGACAAUGGUAAUUAUUCUAAUUUUACUGAAAGAAUACCUGGUACAGUGUCGGACAAGGAACUUGCAGAGUCAAAGCUGGUCAGAGGAGAUGCUAAGACAGAGGUGGCAUUACAAAGGCAGCAUGAAAGUGAUGUAGAUGCUGCUUUAAUUACUGAUUUUACUGUAGCUGAUGGCAAAGCUAUUAUUCCAGUUUCAGAUGAUGGAGUCAUUCAUUCAAAGGCAGUUAUGGCCAAGGUAGAUGAUGAGAACCAAUCCACAAAACGGAAAAGUUGUGAUGGUGUGCCCAGCUGUGGAGGGUUUACUUCUGCAAAUGGCAAAGAGAUUAAGAUUUCUCAUGCAGGAUUAGCAAAAGCGAGAACAAUCCUAUCAGAAUUAGAUAAAGAAAAUGAAAUCCCAUUUUUACAACAACAAAAGUUUGAAUCUUCCACCAUGUGUGGUUUCACCUCUGCCAGUGGCAAAAAGAUACCGGUUUCAAGCAGCGGACUUGAAAAAGCAAAGGCAAUUAUGACAAGUAUAGACACUGAGAUAUCAGUGCAACAUCAACACAAUGUGGCUCAGUUUAAUGACAUGAAUAGUACUGGAGGUUUCACCUCUGCUAGUGGCAAGACUCUGGCAAUAUCCAGAAAAGGACUAGCAAGGGCCAGAGCUCUAAUGUCUGACAUUGAGUCAGAGCUGCUGCAGUCAAGUGAAAAUGAUAAAAUUUCUGAAAGAAGCAAAACUGGCAACAUUGAUUUAAGUGAGAAGCCUUGUCCUCAAGAUUCAAAAGUUGAGGCUCAGAAUAGUUCAGCUAAUUCCAAAAGGCCUUUGGUGUCUGAAAAAAUGAAUUCUGAGAAAAAAGACUACUCAAAUGUUCCCAAAGGAUUCAGGCCAUUUAAGCCACCAAGGAUAAUGGCAAAGAAGGUAGAGUCAAGAAAUGAAGUAAAAAAAGAUGCAUGUGGAGUUUCACCUGCCAAGUCAAAGGAUACUCAGGAUCCCAAACAACUGAGUAUAAACUCUCCUGAAAGUGAGCAAGCAAAGAAUUCAGCUGGGACAAAAGACCAAAAACAAGUAGGUUCCAAAGGAGAAGAAACAUCAGGCUCAAAAAAUAACGGAAACUUAACUAGUCAGUUAAAAACUAAGACUACCUCACUAGAAUUGGAAUGCAAUGGUGUUCCACACAUUCCAAAUACUCGAGAUGUUAAACUGGCCAUGUCUAAGGAGAAUAUUUCUCCAGAACUGCCAAAAGGGGGCAGCACAUGUGAGGAGUUUGAUGACAGCUUUGAUGACAUCACUGCUACUCAACUGAUCUGUUUGUCUAUCGUGCAGUUAAAGAAUGCAGAAAAGCCAGAAUUUUCAGGCAUGUCGAAUGUCACAGCCAAGGACUUUCAUAAGCAGGAAGUUGAAGGCAUUGGGCCCAUAGAAGAAAUCGAAGAUACACUCCACUUCAAGACUGAUCAUGACACAGUUUGUACAUCAGUGAGUGAAGACUGGCAAUCAUUACCAAAAACUGUAGGGUUCCAAACUGCUAGUGGGACCAAAGUGACAGUUUCACAGGAUGCACUUAAAAGAGCAAGAGAAAUGUGGAAGGAUUGCUAUGCAGAUGAUGGAAUUGGCAGUUGCCCAGUAAAUGUGUCGGAGAAUAAUCAUACGAAAGAUGGAGUAGAUUCUACAAAACCUGCUGAAAGCAGCACAAAAGUAUCAUCAGUCAGCAGUGAAGAUAAAAAUUCUGGUAACAGACAGGAAUUGACCAAAGCCAGCAUUGAGCAGCAAUUUAUGGGGUUUCAUACUGCAAGUGGUAACAAAGUGGAGGUGUCCAGGAAAGCACUGCUAAAAGCUAAAGAUCUGUGGAAAGAAUGUCACAUGGAUACAGACAACGAAAAUAUGGUAAUUAGGAAAGAUGCAGCACCAGAGAAGUAUGAGAAAGAUGUAAAAUCUACCUUAGACAAAGUAGUAGACAAGGCAAAGCAAGACAUUCAAGUAGAUGCAACUUCUGAGCCUUUACAAACAGCAGAUCAGAUAUCUGUUAAAAAGACAGUCCACAUGCCAGACAGUUCUCUACAAAAAGAUCUCACAGUCCAGCAAAAGUCUAGGGAUUCCAAUACAAAACCUGAAAUGGAGAACGGACCUUCAAUUUCAUUUGUAGGCUUUCAGACAGCAAGUGGCAAGAAGGUUGAAGUCUCGGACCAAGCCUUGAAACAAGCUAAGAAACUAUGGGAACAUGAUGAAUUUGAUACAGAAAGCAGUGAAAACAUAACUACCAAAGCACUUAAAAAGCCAGGUGAACUUUCUCGGUCUUUCCAAGGUUUUCAGACAGCAAGUGGACACAAAGUGUGUAUUUCAGAGUCAGCUUUGAAAAAGGCCAAGGAAUUAUGGAUGCAUUUUGAAACACAAGAAAACAGUGCAAGUGUGGGCUCUGAAGUGGAUAGUGUAGAAAACAAAUCUCAGACCUUACAUGGGUUUCAUACAGCAAGUGGAAACAGAGUGGAGAUUUCAGAGUCAUCAUUGAAAAAAGCAAGAGAAUUGUGGCAUGAGGCUGAUGCUGAUGUGAAUGAAACAUAUUCCAAAUAUUCCUGUGACACUGAACGUCUUUCAGAAGGGGAUGUAAAUAUUUCCUACACAGCAUUAGGAAACAAACAAGAUAUUGCACAAAGCAAAAAUGUUUUCCCUGAGGAAAGGGCCUUUGCUGAAAAGAAAAUGCAAGAUUCAUGUCUGCCGAUGUUUCAAACAGCUUCUGGGAGUGCAGUCACAGUCUCAGCUGAGGCUCUCAUAAAAGCUAAGAAAUUAAUGGAUGAUUGUGAUGCUGACAGUGCAGUAGAUUCUCAACUAGCUGAAAAGAAAGAGAAUAACUCUGCAUUGUCCAUGUUUUAUACUGUCUCCGAUAAUGGUGUGUCAGUUUCUGACAGGACCAUGAACAAAGCAAAGGAUUUAUUGGAGGAUUGUAAUGGUGUUGGUAAUGUCUCUUCUGAAAAAUGGAAGAACAAAAAUGGUGGCAUGCCAAUGUUUCAAACUGCCUCUGGUAAUGCUGUUACAGUGUCUGAUGAUGCCCUCAUCAAGGCGAAGAAAUUAUGGAAUGACUGUGAAACAGGUGAAGAGGGCUUCUCUGAGUUAAUUGAUAAAUCGGAGAGGAAAAAAGACAAUAUUACAAGACCUUUGUUUCAAACAGCCUCUGGUAGGGCAGUUUCUGUUUCUGAAAAAGCUUUAGCUGAAACAAGAAGACUGUGGGAUGAUAAUGGUGACCAUGAUAUAACAUCCAUUGAGAGGAAAGAAAGGCAAAAACAACUUGUUGAUGCUCCAAUCUUCCAAACUGCCUCAGGUAAUGCUGUCUCAAUUUCUGAGGAGGCUCUUGCCAAAGCUAAGACUUUAUGGGAUGAUUUUGUGGUUCCUUGUGAUGAAGAAAAUGAUUUUUCCAAAACAUCUUUACCCCAGUGUGAUUCUUCAUCAGUUCAGCUAAAACAAAAGCCGGAUGUCAAGGACAAUAUCCACAAAGAAAGUCAUGGUGGUCAUCUAUUGGCCCCACAGACCAAAGACACUGACCAGUCACCAGUGGUCAGUACGCCUAAAGAGGCCCAGUUAAUGAAUGACCAUGGUCUUUCACUUGAAGACAUGGAGAGCAUAAAGGCUCUACUGGCAGAUGGUGCGUUUGAGGACAUGGGUUCACCAUCUGGAAAAUUUGACCGCAAGACCAAAGUGGCAGGUGGAGAGUGGCAGCCUCAUUCCACUUCCCCAGAAGGUUUCUUCAGUGACAGACCUCAGCCCUCCUCAGUUGGCAGGCUCUCCCCAUUGGUGACAGCCCCUCCAAGGGACUCCCUCAGGCCAGUAACCCCAGCUGGCCAUCUCACCCACUGUAACAGGAAAAUGACCAGCAAACAUCUGAGCUUUUACAACAAGCCUCCGUCACAUACAGCAACAACACCAGUAGCAUCAUCAGGCUCCUUUGUUACUCCAUACAAGCAAGGGGGUCCAGGGGGACACCAGAAGACCUCCACCCCAGCCUUGCUCAAUGCCAGUGGCACCUCUGCUUCUCUUCCAACAGGAUCUGAAGCCAGUUCACACACACCAACCACUGCUAAUACACCCUCUAGUUUUGUGCCUCCAUUCAGACCAGGACAAAUUAGGAUCACUUUGGAUUCCCCAAAUACUAAAACACCCCAACAGCAGCAUGAGAUAACCAGGGGAAAGGGUUGUGAUAUGGAUAAGGCUAUAUCUUCUCACGGCAGUACUACUGGAUUGAAAAGACCUAUGUCUCCAACAUUGCCUGAGAGUGGAGAAAAGAGGCAAAGAAUGGCUGAUAGUCAUGGGAAUGAAGGAAAAGAAACUAAAAUUAUGGCAAAAGAAGAGAAUCCAGCUCUGAGUGCAGCAGCCAUCAACAGAGGGAGGCUGAAGCAAGAGCAGCUGAGGAGAAUUAAGGACAAGGCCAAGGAGACUAUCAGACCAAUGAAAGGGCACUUGCUCAGUGUGAAAAGCACUGGGGAUAGGGUGUCCCUGCGCCAAGCAGUGAGGGAGGAAUUACCUCAGUGGUAUCCCAAGCAGAAGUUGUAUGGUCUUGGUGUACUGCCCUCCACUUUGAAAGUCUCAGCCUCCAAUGCAGAAGAGUUCCACUUCCUGCCCAAGGAGCACUUUUUACCCAGCAUAUUGAGUAGUGGGGAGGGGUACAAAGUGGGAGAUGGAGCCACACUGAUACUGGAUGACCAGGGCUGUGCUGGCAAAGAUGAAUUUUACAGAGCAUUCCUGGACAUGCCAGGAGUUGACCCGCGUCUGGUCAGCCAGGACUGGGUGUAUAACCACUACCGCUGGAUUGUGUGGAAGAUGGCCGCCAUGGAAGUGGCUUUUCCGCAACAGUUUGGUGGAAGGUGCCUGACCCCUCACAGAGUGAUGCUACAGCUCAAGUACAGAUACGACAGAGAGGUGGAUGCCAGUCAAAGAUCUGCAGUGAAGAAAAUAACUGAAAGAGAUGACACUCCUGCCAAAACUAUGAUACUGUGUGUGAGCAGAGUUCUUACAAACAAAAGUAUAGAGACAGGGGGACAAACUCAUAGUAGAGGCAAGGAGGGAGAGAAAGAGGCACCAAAAAUGGCAGUGGAAAAUGCCACAGUAGAGCUGACAGAUGGUUGGUAUCCCAUCAGAGCCCAGCUGGACCCUGCCCUGACCAAACUCCUCAGGUCUGGCAAGCUGAGAGUGGGUCAGAAACUCUGUGUAUGUGGGGCAGAACUGGUGGGUUCCCAGGAUGCCUGCUUGCCAUUAGAGGCACCAACAGAUCUUCUACUUAAAGUCAGUGGGAAUUCCACCAGGCCUGCUAGAUGGGAUGCCAUACUUGGCUUCCACAGGUCCCCCCACCCCUUCCCUGUGCCCCUGGGGUCUCUGUUCCCAGAUGGGGGGAUGGUGGGGUGUGUGGAUGUCGUGGUAACCAGGGUGUACCCUAUACAGUAUAUGGAGAAGUUACCAAAUGGCUCCAAUGUGUUCCGCUGUGGUCGGAUGGAAGAACGAGAAUCAAAAAAGUUUGAACAAACACGGCAAGAGAGAAUGGAGAGACUGUUGGCUAGAAUUCAAGCAGACGUUGAACUAAAGAGUUCUGAUAAGAGCACAAAAAGGAAGAGGAGGUCAGUGAAGUUGACCCAUGUCCAGAUCAGCAAUCUGACCACUGGCAAAGAGAUCUAUGAUGCCAUUCAGAACGCACCUGACCCCACUUCUAUAGAGAUGGAGUUAAGUGAGGCUCAGAUCUGUGCCCUGAAUGAGCAUAGAUGUAGACUACAGAUGGAUCAGCAAGCAGAGGUACAGGCACAGGUCAGGAAGGCUUUACAGGACACGGAGAACGAGCAGUCCAGUAUGAGAAAUGUGACACCACUGUUGAAGGUGAGAGUAGCUGGCUGCAGUAACUCUGAUGUGGAUGCUGGGAUGAAUACAUUCCUAACAGUAUGGAGGCCAAGUGAUGAAGUCAUUCAGAUGCUGCAGGAAGGAAAAAGGCUCAAAAUAUAUAAUCUCUCCGCCUCUGGUGCAAGGGUUAAGAACUGUCCAUGUGAAGUACAGUUGUCUGCAUGCAGAGGUACAAAAUAUAUGGAGAGUCAGAUUGAGGAGAACUUCAAAGACCUUAUUUUUGAACCCAGAGAGGUAUAUGAAUUCAGUGAGCUGUGUAGUCAUUCAGUAAGGCCAGCCUACAGUGAAGUAGAUGUGGUGGGCUUUGUAGUACAUGUCACAGACAGUGGAGACACCUAUAGCGCUUGUUCCAGAUCUGGUGGUUGUAUGCAGACCGUUUACUUUGUGGACAACACUGAAGAAUUCCUGGAGGUAAAGUUUUGGGGAGGAUUGAAGGCUCUUGGAGUGGAUGACCUGUUGACCAAGGGCACUCUAGUAGCGGUCACUAACCUGCAGUGGAGGGGGGAGAGCAGGUCCAGUGUCCCCUGUUAUUUUGCCAGUGAGAUGUGCCACUUCACCACCAGACCUAAGGAUGAACACUUGAAGAGUGCUGUAGAGAAGCUGCAGUCAGUUAUAUCUUCACCAAAGCAGUUCAUUAACGAGAUGGAGAAGAAGUUGAGGACCAUUGUAUUUGGACAGCCUGUCCAGCAGAAUGAUGAUAUAUCAGUGUCCAGUAAAAGCUCAAACUCUGUUGUCAAGAUCCCAUCCAGACCAAGGACCCCUGUAACCACAUUUACACCAGUGAGACCAUCUCCAGUACCAAAAACGUUACCAUAUUCUAAAACUGAUUCUUCCACACCAAAUUCAAGGUUCAGUCUUGACAUGAAAAAUACCCUCAUGCAAGAAAGCUCUGAAGAGCAAGCAGACGAUCCCCGCACAGCUCUUCAGCGCAUGAAGGCAAGAAAGUUGGAACAGUAUGGAGAACCCCCUCCAGUGUGUCCACUGCCUGUUUCUGUUCCCUCAGCUCUGAAGCGAGGGUUUAGGGCCCCUGGUCUUAGAAGCAGUAGUCCAAGAAAUCUACCUUUCAUUUCAAGAACCUCAAGUAAUGAGCAAAUAAACAUUGAUGACAAUAAAGUGAAAGAAAAUACAGCCCCUGAAAUUACCAACAUGAAAAGAAAGGAAUUUGACAAUGUGGAAAGCCAAAGGAAUGAGAAUUGCCAAGAAGAUGAAGAGGUCCUUGAAAGCUCGGUGAAAAAUACUCCAAACCAUAAAGGUGUUAGAGCAGAAGUGUCACAUAUGGACCACAUUCAAAUUUCACAAGGAUCCCCAAAGAAUGGUCCAAAGGAUGGAAAUGAGAAGAACCUUCAGACUGGUCACUGCAAUACUGACAUAUGUGACAAAGAUGGUCAAGACUGUAAACAAAAUGAAUUUGAGAAAGAAGACAAAAAAUUGUGUGAAGGACACUCCGCAGUCCCUAACAUUGACUUAAAAUCUCAACAAAUUUCAGAUAAACCACAGAGCAAUUCUUCAUCUCAGGAUUCUCAGAUAACUAACCAAAGUUCCCAGCUAAGUCAACAGUCACCUAAGACUGCUUCAGGGAAAGCUAAGACGUCUAAGAGAAGACGGACAGCCACCCUGGAGACGAUAGACUUUGACCAACUGAUUUCUGUUCACGAGGGGGAAGGGAUAGCGGAGAGGUGCAAAAAGCGACGUAGAUCUACAAGAUUAUAAGGAUCGAUUGUUUUAAGAUACAGGGUAUAUCUAUUUGUUAUAUAUUAAUAUAGUGCCAGCUUGGAAAAUUAUUAUAAGGUGCUUUCAAAACGAAAAACGCAUUGUUUGAAAAAGAAGAAUGGAUGAAAAAUGUAUAGACUUAAAAUUUAGAUCAAAAUGGAAAGGUAUGUCAUUAUAAACAGUCCUGGAGUUAUAAAGUGGUUCCAUCUUAUAUUGUCAGGUGCGUAAUUGUAACGAUGUUGAUUUGACGGGAAAUUAUUCAAUAUACUGUGCAAUGACAAACUUAAAUUGGUAAAAAGGAUAUCAACGCACUUGUGUUGUAUUUGCUUGUAAUUAUUAUCAAGCUUGGAGAUAAUUAUGCAACUUGUCAGCAUAUAAUUUUUUUUUAAAUUAUUUAAAUUGUUCCUUAAAUAAUUCUCGUGUCCUUAAGUUGGCUUCUAGAUAAAAUUCAAUUUUUAACAUGUUCUGAUGGUCCCCGACUGUUAAUUGAACACUCAUAAAGUUACGUUUUAAAUUUCUCUUUAGCAGUUGUCAUUAGAGUUUUACUCUACAAUGUGCAUUUUUACACUCUGUGUAGUAA